GCGGCGGAGGCAAAGCCACAGGGCAGCAGCCGACACCCAAAGCUCCAAAGCUUGUCCCCAUGUCUCUGUAGGCCCUCCAAGCCAUGCCGCUAUAACCGUUCUUGUGGGGGCUCGCCUUCCCUUCUCUGUUUUGACCAUGUUACUGGAGUGAAAGGGGUGUGCGGCGAGUCCCCACCCCAUGGAUCCCCAACCAUGUCUAAUGGAUACCGUACUCUGUCCCAGCACCUCAAUGACUUGAAGAAAGAGAACUUCAGCCUCAAGCUGCGCAUCUAUUUCUUGGAGGAGCGCAUGCAACAGAAGUAUGAAGCCACCCGGGAUGACGUCUACAGACGGAACAUUGAGCUGAAGGUGGAAGUAGAGAGCCUGAAGAAAGAGCUCCAAGAAAAGCAGCAGAACUUGGAUAAAGCUUGGGAAGCGGCAGAGAGCCUGAGUGUUCAGAAUGAAGCAGAGAUCUGUCACCAGCAAGAGGCCGAGCGGGCCUGUGAGAGCCUGGAGAAGAAAAUCCAGCUGCUGCAGGAGGAGGCCCAGUCAGCAAGAACAGAAGUUGAGCGGAUGUCAGCUUUGGCUGAAGCUGAGAAGGAGCGGUGUUUGGAACUCAGCAAGCAGCUGACUGAGUACUCCAAGAAGCAGGAUGAGACCAGGGAAAGAACAAAUGCCUACAAUGUCACCUUGGCUGAGAAAGACAAGAGGAUUGAGGAGCUGACCUGGCAACUGAAUGACAAAGAGAAACUCCUUAUGCUGCUGUCCAGAGAGAAACAGAACCUGCUGCACCGUUUGAAUAAAAUCCAGGAAAUGGAGGUGCAGAAUUCGUGGGAGGAUCAGCAACAACUCACUUGGUGUGACUCUUCUACGGGCAAGCAAGCGUCUGACUUCAGUAAUGCCGAAUUGCUGGAAAAAAUCCACCACUUUGAUGCUAACAAUACGUUGCUGCAAGAGAAGCUGAACGAGAUGGAUUUUGAACUGAAGUCUGCCCAGCAAACGUCCCAGAGACAAGAUCACAAAAUCCAGAAUUUGAAUGAGACUCUGAAAAGCAAAGAAAUUGAGUCUGAAGAACUAUACCGUGUCAUUGAAGGGCAGAAUGAGACGAUAACCAAACUGCAAGAUAUACUACAUAGAACCCAGCUUGGACAAUUGCAGGUCUCAGAGGGCGCUUCCUCAUCACAGCAGAAGCAGCAAAUGGCGCUGCUUGAGCUGCAGAACACCCUUUUCCUCACUCAGCUGGAAGCGCAGCAGAUGCAGCGGGCUAGGCAGCAAAAGGAGCGCCAGCUGGCCGAGGAGAAGAGAGCCACCCAGCUUCUAGAGACGUGGUUGCAAGAGGAGCAGCAGCAGAAAGAAGCAGCGUGGAAGCACAAUUGGGAGUUGCGGGCUACUCUUCAGCAGCUGCAAACAGAGCUACAGAACAAGAACUGGCAGUGCUGGACUCUGGAGAGGGAGAAAUCCUUGGCGAUCAAGGGGCAAGAGCAGAAAAUCAAGCAAUUGAACUAUUGCCUGGCUUACAAAGAACAGCUGGUGCAGGAGUGUAAAGAACUUCUGCAAUACCAUCAGAAUCUGGACAAGAGCCCCGCAUCUGCAGCUGCUGUUAUGGUACAGAAAUUGCAACAGCGAAUCAAAGACAGAGACGCUGCUCUGGAGCAAGCAGUAGAUGAAAAGUUCCACGUGCUUGAAGAGAAAGAGCAAGAGCUGCAGCGGCUUCACUGGUCUCUGAGAGAGCGAGAGCAUGACUUGGAAGGGCUGCGCAGGAUCCUGUCUGAUAACGAGACCACCAUCCAGGGCCUGGAGAGUAUGCUGAAAGCCAAGGGUCUGGAAAUGGAGCAGCUGUCGGCAACCUGCCGGAACUUCCAGUGGCUGAAAGAGGAAGUCGAAGCAAAAGCUCAAAGCUGGCAGGCAGAGCAAGCGGGGAUCAUCCAGCAGCUGCGGACCACUCUGCAUGAGAGGAACAAGGAAGUGGAAGCACUCUCAGCAGCUCUGCAAUGCAAGCUGGGGCCCGGGCAGAGAGAUAUCGUAGAAGAACUCUGUUUCCGCCUUCAGCAGAAGGAGCGGGUCAUCCAGGAGCUCCUGAAUGACAAGAACCGGCAGGCCGAAGAGCAGAAGGCCGAGAUCCAGAGCUUGCUCCAAGCCAUGAGCGCCAAACAGCAGCAGAGUUGUUCAUCUUCUGAGAAGAUGGCACAGGCUUUAAUAGAAAGAAGCUGUGAGCUCCAAGUCUUGCACCAGCAGCUGAUGGGCCAGAUCCCUGGACGCAAAGCUGAGGGUUCCCCCGCCCGACUCUCACAGGAAGGACAGCCAAGUAAAGCACUGAAGCAAGGAAGGUCUGAUGAGAACAUCACUACCGCGAUCCCUAAGGGAAAAGACAACGCGUCCAAAAAGGAGAAAGGUGUCUCGGAGUCGACUGCCGGACUGGAGAAGGAACUCUCCAGUGUGAAGGACGAGCUUGAGCUGUUGGCGCGAAAGGAAAGAGAGAGCCGACUGGAAUUGUCCGCUCUUCAGUCUGUGGUGGUUUCCCAAGAGGAGGAGCUGCAGGUUCAAGCUUCCGAUGUUGAAUCUCUUACCAGGAGCAUUCAGAUCAAAGAAGAACUUAUCAAGGACCUGCAGAUGCAGCUGGUUGAUCCUGAAGAAAUGCCAGCCAUGGAGAGGCUUACCCAGGAAGUUCUGAUGCUUCGGGAAAAAGUUGCCCAAGGGGAAUCGCAGGGGCAAGAAGUCGCAGGAAACAGGAAGCAUCAGCUUUUGCUGCUGCUGGAGGAACUGGCAGCGGAGAAGAAUCAGCUGAAUGAGGCCCUGCAAACAGAAAAGCAGCUCUACAACACUUUGGUGAAGUUCCAUGCGCCUCCUGACAGCACAGGGCAGGAACAGACGCUGCAGGCGGAACUGGAAGGCGCCCGGGCGCUCCACAGAAGGCUGGAGGAGGCCCUUGGGAGGACCUUGGAGCGCUUGCUCAGGCUGGACUCGCUGGACACAAACGGAGACAUCUUACCUUGCCCUGUUUUGAUGCAACAAAAUUAUACAGUUCUGGCUGUGACGGAGGAUACGGAAGAUGCCAGCACCGAGUUCACAGACAGCAUCGAGGAGGAGGAGGCUGCGCACAGAGCGGCUCAGCAGCAGCAGCAGCAGCAGCAGAACCUGAAAGAAGAUGCUGCUGACAUCCGGAUGGGCCACUCCAGCUGUCCGACGCCAGCCUCUUCAGCACUGGAGAGGAGCCUGCAGGAGGAGCUGCUCCGCGCAAGAUCUGAGACUCAGCAGGUUUUGGAGCAGAAGAAGAAGCUGGAAGAAGAGCUGCAGGAUCUGAAGAGGCAGAUUGAGGACUCUGGGUUCUCCUCUGUGUCUCACUUCAGGAAGGCUCUGCUGAGCCUGUGUUUAGAGAACGCAGAACUCAAGGAACAGAUUGGAGAAGCAACGUUGUCUGAGGGAUGGGAGAAUGAAGAUGAAAACGAGGAUGAAAAGGACCCGAGGCCGGAAGCCAGGAAGCGGCAGGAAAAGCUGAGCACCACAGAGACUGUGAUCGGUCUCCCCAAGGAACCUCUGGUGUCGAACAGCCAAGAAGGCGAAGUUAUCUUCAAGCCCCAUGUCACUGCUAGCAUGGAGACCAAAGAGCUGCAGAUGGCGAAGGGGCUUCUUCUGCAGAAGGGUGACCCACAGUGGCAUCGCCUGCAGCCCCAAUGUGUGGACGUGGGUGCAGUCCACAGCUCCACAGAUACCCAGGUCCACACCUUAUCAAGAGGUUUUUGGCAGCAUUUUAUGGAACCAGCUCAGCAGCUCCGGUCAGAGCUGACUCGGUGCAGGCAACAGUGCCGCGACCUUCAAGACAAACUCUUGGUGUCGGAGACGGCCGUCCAGGCUCGGAUGGCGCAGCUGGAACACUACCAGGCCCUGCUCAGUGAGCCUGGGGUACAGCAGGAUAACAAGCAGGUUCAAGUGGAUCUCCAGGACCUGGGCUAUGAGACCUGUGGGAAAAGUGAAAAUGAGGCUGACAGGGAAGAGGCCACAAGUCCUGAAUGUGAAGAGGACGAUGUCUUCAAUGAGAACCCAGAGUCUUGGAAGAAGUUACUGGGCUCCCCUCCAAACAAACUAGCAAAGCAGGAAGCCUUCCUAGGAUGCAGCCAAUACGACGGCAGUUCUGCCCUCUCCCAGCAUACCCAGGGCCUCAAGGCUCAGCUGCAGAGCUCCAGCCGGGCUGUCCAGAACCCACUGAGCCACGGGCGCUCCAUCUCCACCAGCAGUGACUAUGCCUCUGGGGCUGAGCACCCUCUAAAACUGAAGCAGGACUAUACCCUUGGGAGUUCCCCGUCACACAGCAUGACAGAUGAAGAUGAAGGGUGGCAUUCUGACAGCCUAGGGUCCCUGUGUCCCAAAACUCUUCAGUCCAGCAAAGACCUGGCCAGGCUUAUCCAGAGAGUGUCCCUGCUCGAAGCCCACCUAGAUGACACCAGGCCAGAGGAGCUUAAGCACACUACGUCCAUGGGGAAAUACGAUUCACUGGUCCAAGCACAGGCUCGGGAACUCUCGCAUCUGCGUCAGACAAUCCGAGAGGGACAAGGGGUGAGCCGUAUGCUGAGCCAGCACUUCAGGGAUGCCAUCAAGUCCUUCGAGGAGCUCCUGAGUGGCAACAGCAUUGAUUAUUUCCUGGGUCAGAGCUUCCGUGAGCAGCUGGCACAAGGGAACCAGUUGGCGGGGCGACUGGCCCGGAAACUGAGCAGUAGGAGUGGUCUAAACACGGAGGACAAAUCUGGUCACGAACUGCUUGCUCUGAGGUUGAGCAAGAAGCUCCAAGCGAAGGACCAAACCAUCAAGACCCUCCAGGCUAAGCUUCAAGGACACUCGGUGACCCCUUCUCCUAACCACACCAUAUCUGAGCCACCCAGUUCUGGAAGCAGUACUUCCUUUCUCUCUGACGGCAUGGAAGGUUGCUCUGACAUGGAGGAUGUUGGCGACCAGGAGGCCCCCAGAGAAAGCCAACCUUACAGACACCUAGAUGCAGGUCUUGGGAACUAUUCUGAGAAAGCUUCUGCUCCACCAUCCCAUCCAGCUCCUGCUGCUCCACCAGAAUCAGUUCAAAAGAACUUCUCUCUUCCUGCUUCCCUGCAUCCCUCACAGAUUCCAGGCCAGGCUUCUGCAGGCUUCCACCCCGACUCCUCAUCCAAGCCAUCGAGCUACCCUCUGGCUCCCUUCGCCUCAGGGCCCGGCUCCUGCCUGCCUUUCGGGUGUCCGGCAGCCACUGCUCCGCUCCUUGGCUGCUGUGGAACGCCGGGCUUCUCACUGGCCAACGCACAGCAGGAGCUGCAGAUGCUGCAGAAGCAGCUGGGAGAAAGUAUAUCAGCCUCUGCACUGUCGCCAGCAAAACCGGAGUUGCCGACGGGUCUCUUCGCUAUGGGUAGCCCUGCCUACGGCUCCAAGCACUGCCCCCAGGCGGACCAUUGCGUUCCUCGGUCGCUUCAUGUGCAGAACUCUGCCAACUGGAACAAGAAUGCUGGGGAGGCCCCGGGGGAGAGCCGGGACACGAGGAACACGCCACACCUCAGAGAGCCUCAGAGGGGACUUGUCUGUGGAAGUUUGCCAUCCUGCUCCUCAGCAUGUCUAGCAGGCCCGAGGCCUUCAGAUGCCAGUUUGCUACAAGAACAUCUGGUUGAGAUCCAGAUCCUGGGCCAGCGCUUGGCAGAGUCCAUUUUCAACAACAAUCGCCUGCGGGAGCAGCUGGAAGCAAGUCUGGUGUCCAUGGCAAAGAGCAACGAGUGGGGGCACUUGCAAGAAGCUCUGCUGGCAUCGCACUCCAAGCUGCAGGAUGGAGAGGUGGAGCUGGAACGGCAGCGGGCUGAGCAGCAGCGGCUGCAGGAAGAAGUCCGGGGCAAGCAGCAAGACCUCGUGCAGCUCCAGGAGGAGUGCUUGGCUCUGCAGAGGGACAAUUUGAGUCUUCAGCACAGAGCCAUGUUGCUGCAUCAGCAGUGCGAAGAGAACCAACUGCUCUUCAAAGCCUUGCAGGCUGAAUUAUGUGUUCGAGAAGUGCCUGGUGGACCCAUGCAGAGGGCAGAUUCAGCUUGCCGAAGGGAUGGCCGAUCCAUGGGUUCCGCUCCGAGUGUGGGUGGCGAUCUCCUGCAGGAGGCCCGGGCUUUGCGGAGUCAGCUGGCGCAGGCUGUCCAGGCGAACUGCAUCCUGCAGCAGCAGCUGGAGAAGCAAUACAGUCCAGGGGCCGGUACCGCUCUCCAAGGCCUUGGUAUGUCCUCUUCUGUCUACAGAUGGCAGCACUCGCAAGAUUUGACCCUUUCUCCACCAGUCCGGGAUGUUGGCAUGAGCUCCUCUCCUCUCUUCCCGCCUGUCCCUGUCUCUCUUCCGUUCCUCCAAGCCAAUCGUGAGGCACAAGGGAAGUACCCUAGGAAUGACUCGGGAAAUGAUACGCACAAGCUGGAGACCCAUGCCAUAAGCCAUAUUGAGGACUAUAGCACCCUCAAGCAGCAAAUCCUGGACGGCAAGAUUCUGGUUGGCAAGAUGGCAUCGCUCCUGAAGUCUGGCCAAGAACCUCAGGACAGCAGGGGCUUCCGUCCAGGGGGCAUCAGGCAGCUUCUUGUCAACACCAAUUCCUUGCACCAAACCUUGGAGAAAGCGGCCUCCCUCCUGUCGUUGUUCUGGAUAGCGGUGCUUCCUGUGCCUCACGUCUCUGCUCAAACACAGCAGGCGAAGCAAUCCAUGAAAGAAGAGAUCCAGGUACUCCGAGCUAAGCUGGCAGAGCAAGAGAUCCGCCUGCAGCAGGCCGGCCGCUAUAAGGACAGCAUGGAGAACUUCCUUCUCGCCCACUUGACCAGGACACAUGCUGUACUGAAGAAAGCCAGGACUAACUUGGAGGGCAUGUCAGAGCCAGCUACAUUCUCCCCGUUGUGUGAUGCUGUGCUUGCAUAAGCAAGGAAGGAAAUGGGAACCAUUCAAGUGCCCAGAGACGGAAGGAGGAAGAUAGCCAGCUACUGAGUUCCGACUGGUUUCCCCCUCCAUGUGCAGGGAUCAGAAACAGCUUGCUGUGGCUCAGACAUCUGGUUGUUCAUCACCCAGCAAGCUCUGGUUCUAUUAAUCCAAGAGCCAAACCAUCUUCUUGCCUAUCAACGCCUGCUGCCUUAGUGAGGGCCAACUCUGGUACAGAAACUUGUGUGCACAGAAACCCCGAAUACAGCCAAGGAUCCACCACCAAGCUGCAUCCUCCACAACUUCCACAUGAGCAGUGGAGUGACUUAGCUGCUAAACCAGGCUGGUGCCCGCCCCCCCUUCAUCCCCAUCAGUGCAAUAUUAGAAAUAGACAAUCAAGUAUAGUGUAUUAAUAGUAGGACUAAAAUUUACCUAGACCUAGGGAAAAGGGGCCUUAAUAUGGAUUCUUUGGACGUGUGAUUCUGGUAUUUGGAUGUGUGAUUCUGGUAGGGGGAAGAGAGACAGCAAGGUGUUCGUUGCUUUCUUGUCCCCAUUGGACUUUUCAGUUACUUAUUUUUGACUUCUGGAGUUUAAUUUAUUUAUUACAAUAGUUAUACGCAC